AUGACCGUGGAUCAGAUCGUCUCAUUUUCUGGGUGCAAUCGACUAGCACAUGAUGACCAUGCCAAGCUGACUCGGUGGAACUCUGUUGUUCCCCCGACCGUCAAACAGUGCGCACAUUCUUUAUUCCAACAACGCUCCAUCCUCCAGCCAAAUGAUACCUCUAUUGAUGCUUGGGAUGGGAGACUCUCAUACGGUGCACUGGACGCUCUGUCCGACGAUCUUGCCGACAACCUCAGCGCACGCUACAAUUUAGCAGGCCAAUUUAUCCCUAUUUGCAUGUUCAAAUCCAAAUGGGUUCUUGUGGCUAUGCUAGGGGCACUCAAGGCUGGUGCUGCCUUUGUGCUCUUAGACCCGAGUCAUCCCUCGGAUCGGCUCCGUCAAAUAUGUCGAGAUGUUACUGCGCCGCUCAUUAUGGUCUCGACACUAAGUCAAUUCAUGAUCUCUACAUUGGGGAUCAAGGCUGUGAUUGUUGAUGAAGAGCUUGGCUCCUUAUCCACGGAUGUUCGUUCGAAGGAUGAGUUGCACAGCCCCACUGUUUUUGAUCCCAGCAGCGCCAUGUUUGUUGUUUUUACCUCUGGCUCGACAGGCAAGCCCAAGGGCGCAAUAAUUUCACAUGAAUCCUUCUCUACCAGCGCGAUGUCGGCCCUCGAACCUAUGCGGAUGCAGCAGCAAUCGCGAGUCUUGCAGUUCGCCUCCUUUGCUUUUGAUGCGAGUGUUCUCGAGCACAUGUUCACCGUUAUUGCAGGUGGCUGCGUAUGCAUACCCUCUGAAAAUGCAAGGCAGAAUCAGCUUUCAAAGAGCGUCAAUGAUCUCAGAGUCAAUUGGGCAUGUCUUACACCAUCGGUGGCUCGGCUUAUCACGCCAGAUACUGUCCCUGGCCUCCGGCACCUAAUUCUGUGCGGUGAAGCAAUAACCUCAUCCGAUAUUGAUAGAUGGCCCGCACACGUCCAAAUGAUUGGCAUCUAUGGCCCGGCCGAGUGCAGUAUUCUCGCUACGAUUCAAACCGAUUUGAGAUCUGCCGAGCUGCCGACCGACCUUGGUUAUGCUCCCGCAGCAACUUGCUGGGUUGUCGAUCCGGAAGACAUUAACCAGCUGGUUCCAAUAGGUGACGAAGGGGAACUCAUCAUUGAAGGCGCAAUUGUGGGCUCUGGCUACAUUCAAAAUCAAGAACAAUCUGCUGCUGCAUUCAUCAAUGCGCCAACUUGGCUCAGAGACUUUCGAUGCGACACCACUGAGGGACGUCCCCAUCGCCUGUACAAAACAGGCGACCUUGUGCGCCAAGAACAAAACGGUUCGCUGGAAUUUUUGAGUCGGAAGGACACACAAGUCAAGAUCAACGGACAAAGGGUUGAGCUGGGUGAGAUAGAACACCAAAUCCGUUGCAUUCUACCGCAAGGGACACAAGAAGCUAUCGCAGAAGUGUUCAAGUUCCACGAGAGUGUUAUAUUGGUCGCCUUUCUUCAACGGACAGAGCUCAAAGGGGCUGAGAAAACAGACCGCUUGUUCCUGGACUCAACACAGAACCAUAUCGAUCAAGCCCAAGCCCUACAUUCCCAGUUAGAACUGGUCUUGCCAAGUUUUAUGGUACCUCGAUAUUUCUUACCUAUCUCUUAUGUUCCAAAGACGCAUACGGACAAGAUCAACAGACGUCUUCUUCAAGAACAAGCAAAAAUGAUCACACCGCAGCAUUUGAGAAGCUAUUGCAUCAUCCAGUCGAAGUCUACCAGCGAGUCGGCGGAAGAUGAACGGCCAUUGACUGCUCAAGAACGCAAAUUACCGCGACGACAGUUGGAUUGGCUUGGGGGGAAUUCUAUUCUCACCAUGAAAAUGAUCUCCUUGGCGGAAGAUGAGGAUAUCUUCCUUUCGGUUCAAGACGUUUACCGACUCCAAACACUGGAAGCAAUAUCGGCGACAGUGACUGCAGACAAUCAGUUACAUGCUGCGACAAUCAUUCAUCCCUUUGCGCUGGUGGAUCAGGGUCCAAAUUCGCGCACAAGGGGCUUGAUUCGAGAUAUUUCUCGGCAGUAUCAGUCUGUGUGCUCAUCUUUCACGAUUGAAGAUAUAUACCCCUGUUACCCUACGCAAGCUUAUUGGAUAUCUGAGUCAGUAUCUCAAGCGGGCAAUUACACAGUUGAGAUUAGUGCCACUCUUUCGCCGGAUACAGACGAGAAACGAUUGGCCGAAGCAUGGCACCUGGUAGCGGCAGGAAAUCCUAGUCUUCGCACGCAGAUUGUCGAGGUUUCUGGUGAUUUCUUUCAAGUAGUGAUGAAGGAAGCCUCUACCCUGCAUGUACUUGAAGCCUCACGCUUUGAAGUCUCCCACGGUGACAACAUUUGGGGACUGGUCAAGCCACUUGUGUGGGCAGAGAAGAUUGGGGUCUCGCUUCGGAUCUGGAUCCAUCAUGCCAUUUUUGACGGUUUCACCUUGUCUUUGCUGAUGCAGCAGCUUACAAAGGCCUACCAAGAGGGCCAGGCUGCGGUGACUCAGCGAGCAUAUAGCAACUUUGUUAAAUGGGCCGUUUCGAUAUCCCCUGAGGUAGAAUCGUUCUGGACGCAAACCUUCCGUGGCUUUCACGGCCAGAUUUACCCGGCUCUCCCAUCCGAGACAUACAGACCGUUGCCAACUGGUCACAUUGAUGGUGGCAUUAUCCGGUGCUAUAACGAUUCUCAACUUGCCACCAAAAUUCGCCUGUCGCUGACUUUGACGUUGGCUCGGAUGAUGAACGACUUUGAUGUUGUUUUCAGCGAGAUCGUUUGGCGGCGUGAAGCGCCCAUUGUGGGUAUUGCAGAGACAAUGGGUCCCACGACUGCUCGGGUGCCUGUCCGCGUGGCUCUCGCCCCUCUGAUGAGUCUUCGAGACACACUUGAGCGGCUCCAGAGCCAAAUCUUGCAAAGCACACCUUUUCAAUGUGCCGAGAUGUGUCAAAUUGCCACAUUCAGCUCGAGCACGGCCUCUGGGUGCCGGGCGCAAACUACAUUGAUGAUCCAACCCACCUACGACGAGGCGAUCUCUCCGCCGUUCAAGCAAUGGACCUACCAAUUCCACGAAAGCGUUAUGCGGGCUCCCUGGGCUUUGACGGUUAUCUGCGAGGUGUCUUCAGAUCUCGUGCAAAUUUCCGCCAAGUAUGAUCCGAAUAUUCUGGAGCCACAGCAGGCUCUGCGGCUAAUGACGACUUUUGAAGAAAUAUUUGACUUGAUUCAACAGCAACCGGGCUUAAGAGUAAAUGAGGUCACGAACCCUUCAGAUAUACUUUAA